AUGCCAAAACACUGCGGGGUGGAGGCAUUGCUUUCUAUAGCCGUCCGGGGUCCAACGUCACGGGUCCUGCAUUGCAUGCCGAGACAAACGUGGCUCGCUGGUUUCGCCUGUAGCUUAGCCAAGCCCCUCGAUCCAGAUGACAGCCCGACUCGCAAGGACGACAGCUCUCGGCUGCGGUGGAUGGAUGAAUUGACUCAUUGCGGGUUGCCUUGGCUUCUACAAUAUGUCGAGCUCACCAACGUGUCCAUCCACCCCUUGAUUCAUCCAUUCAGUCUGAGUCCGUUCGCCUCUUGUCCAACUGCUUCCAUCAUCAAGGUCGUCUCUCAUUUGCGCCUGAUCCCUGUCAACGUGAACGAUACCAAUCUCGACGAAAUAUACCCAUCUCGAAUCUAG